AUGCAUGUUGUUCCAUUGCUGUCAUCAAUGCUCCAUGCUGAAUGUCAGUGGGAGAAACUUCAUGAAUUCUAUCCUGAGCAUUUUCUUGACUCUGAAGGAAUGUUUGUGAAGAAAGAUGCAUUCAUGCCUUUCUCUGCAGAUCAGAGAAUAUGUGCUAGUGAGAACCUUGCCAAAAUGGAGAUCUUCCUCUUCUUUACCAAUCUCCUCCAGAGAUUUAUCUUCCAGUCACCUUUAGGAACAUCUAAAAAUGAUCUGGACCUGACUCCUGCUCUUGGACUUACCACUCCUCCCAUGCCUUGCAAGACCUGUGCUGUCUUAUCUUGAUCUGACAGGAAAAAAAUCAUAACAAGCUGUUUUCUCAGCCUUUAAAUGUCUUUACAUUGAUAAAGAGGCAAAAUCUGACAACCAGAUUCAAUAUUGUUUAAGUUUUAUGUAUUGUGUAAAAGCUGAAUAGCAAUGAUCUAUAGAUACAUAAAAACCUUGGUUCUGAUGCAGUGGUGGGUUUCAAUUUAUUUUAU